AUGGAAAGACUCAGGAGCAGCUCGCCCUCGCAGCGUUACAUGGGUCAGCUCAACCCGCCGGGGUCCGACCAGGAUUCUUUCGAAUGGGAAGAGUCCGACAUAGUCUGGUCCUCCGACACGGACCCGAGUUCCCCGCCCGCGACCCCGACCGCCCCUCCGAACCGCCAGCCACACCCUUCCAGGUUCGGCCUCUCCGCCGCCCUGGCCGACCCGCCUCUCGUCCGGAAGAAACCCGCCAUAAACCCCACCCUGUCGGCCGUGUCGGCCGUGCGCGCGAUCCCGCAAGCGCCGCAAUCGUCCUCGCCGGACCGCGGAGGCUUGUCCGGGUCGGGUCCUGGGAGGGCCCGGAUGUCGGCCCCCGUGGAUGUGCCCGUUUGGCCCAAGUGGGUCAAAGGAAGUGUGCCCGGGAUCGAGUGUCGCAGGUGGGAGCAGCCCAGGGACGACGCUGACGUGGAGGACGAUCAUCCGCUGGAGAAGAAGAUGGUGCCGCCGCAUGAAAUGGCGGCGAUGUCGCGGGCGACGAUGGCGUAUUCGGUGUUCGAGGGCGCCGGGAGGACGCUCAAGGGGAGGGACUUGAGGCGAGUCAGGAAUGCUGUCUUCAGGAAAACAGGUUUUCUAGAUUGA